GAACUUUCCAGCUCAGCUCUGCAAUAUCCUAUUGAAGCCACAGGGACCCAAACUGCACAACUGAUUCCAAAGGAGGCUACUUACACCAUAGCUCUAUACAAGACUGUGACCAUAUUUGCUAUUAGAGUCUUGAAUCUGGGAAGCCGGCUGUACCCCUUCAGCUAGAACAGCCACACGGGCUUGUUGUGAGGAUAAAGUGGAGGCUCCAAGACUGUGGGAGAAGAUGUCUAGCACGAUUUCCCACAUAAGACCUGGAAUCCUCCAAGACAACCUGUAAUUAGGAGGUCCAGCAGAAGGCGAUAUGAGAGCCAUGUUGUUGGGUGAUGAGGAAGAGAGUGAGAAGAAGAUUAAUCCUCUGGGUGGACCGGAGCAAAGCAUGCAGAAUGGGGCAUCCAUAGAUGGAGCCAAAGGAAUUACACUAAACAGACCAGAAAUUCAUGAAAUGUGUAGAAAUAAGCAGAAGCUAGAAAGUCAUGCCAAUUUCAGUCCAGUCUCUAGAAAAUCUCUUUUGAAAAACCAAAGCUUAAAAGAAAGAUCUUCCUGUGGAAAAGAAAUGGAGGACACUCAAGGUAGAGAAAAGAUCAGGCAGAGUUUUGCCUUUCUGAAAGUAAAGCCAGCCCGCAAAAAAAAGACCUUUAUGUGCUCGGAGUGUGGGAAAGGCUUUGUUUCAAAUUCAGCUCUUUCUGACCAUCAGACCACCCAUACAGGUGAGAAGCCACAUCAGUGUUUAGUUUGUGGGAGAUGCUUUGGCUAUAAAGCUCUCCUUGUGAGACACGAAAUAUCCCAUGCCGACGAAAAGCCAUAUAAAUGUUUAAAAUGUGGGAAAACCUUUGGUACCAGUACCAUCCUCUCAGACCACGUAAGAAUCCAUACAGGAGAGAAGCCCUAUACUUGCAUAGAAUGUGGGAGAGACUUCAUUAAGAGAAGCCACCUUCUGAGACACCAACAGACCCAUACUGGAGAGAAACUCUAUCCAUGCUCAGAGUGUGACAAAAGUUUCAGUUGUAGAUCUACCCUUACUAUCCACAAGAGAAGUCAUACUGGGGAGAAACCUUACAAAUGCCCUGAAUGUGGAAAAAGUUUUAGUCAGAGAUCGCAUCUUAGAACCCACAAGAAAAUACACACUGGAGAGAAACCACACAUGUGCUCGCAGUGUGGGACCAGUUUCUGUCAAAGAUACAAUCUUCUACUACAUGAGAGAACACAUACAGGAGAAAAACCUUAUUGGUGCUCUGAAUGUGGGAAAAGGUUCACUCAGAGUUCAAACCUUUUUGUACAUGAAAGAAUCCACACUGGGGAAAAACCAUACAGAUGUUCCGAAUGUGGAAAAAACUUUCGGUGGGAAGACAGCCUUAAAAUACAUAUGAGAAACCAUGCUGGAGAUAGACCAUAUGCCUGCUCGCUUUGUGGUAAAACUUACAGUAAGUCAUCCCACCUUACUAGGCACAAAGGAACCCAUGCAAGGGAGAAACCAGACUAGUGCCCAGACUUGGAGAAAAUUCGCCCAGAAACACAAGUGAGUUGUAAACAGAAGAAUCCACAUGGGAAAGACAAUCUAGCAAUGCGCAGAUUGUGUGGCAGCUCUUUAUAUGGAAAGCAGUCUUUAAAAGCACCAAGAAAAACUAACAUGGUAGAGAAAACUAUGAGUCCUUAGAAUACACAAAAUACUUUUAGGCUGAUUCCGCAUGGGCCAAAAACAGUGGUGUGAAAACGGUGUGAAAAUGGUA